ACCCAUGCCAGUCCGUGCCCAAGUCAUACCCCGCAAGGCCCGGCAGCAUCAUGCCGCGCCCAGUCCAUGCAAGCGCAUGUGCCCGAGGCUUUAGCAGGCCAGUUGGCCGAGCCAGCGACCGAUUGCCCGGCCACAGCAGGCCGGCGGUCCGGCCAUACCCCAGACCGGCCGGAUCGGACCAGUUUAGGUCACAGAUUAAUGAUUAAUAAUCCGAUUCAUGUUUAUGACCAAUUUUCAGAUAAAUUUCGGUUAAUUCGCGAGAAAUAUUACCCCGCGUACUAUCAAGCUGAAAUGGAGCGUCAGUUUCUGGCACUCAAACAAGGUACUCGUUCGGUGGACGAGUACGAGCGAGAGUUCACUCCACUUGGAGCCUUUGUUCCCGACCUGGUGAGCACAGAGGCAAAGAGAUCGAGACGUUUCACUGACGGGCUUUUGCCAGCAGUCCAUCAUAACAUUGUAGGUCACAGCAUCCAGACUUAUGCCCGUACUGUCACCAUAGCUCAGGAGGUUGACGCCAGCAUCUGUAGGGAGGCCAACCAUGAUCGUCUUCAGCCAAUUGCCCCUGCCCAAUCUUCACCAGUUCCACCAGCUGCUACCCAACAACCAAAGGACAAGAAGAGAAAAGGGAAAAGAUUUCAGAAUGACAGGAGGAACCGUCAGAGACAACAAGGUGCUCCCAGGCCACAGCAGAUUCCACCAUGCACUACUUGCCGACGACCCCAUCGAGGAGA